AGGCGUUUGUGAUUUGCUUAGGUUUUUAGACUUGAGAGGAUGUGGAAGUACUACCCGGCGGAGCCUAAAUACGCGACAGCUGAAAUAGCGGUGUGGUGGGACAUGAAGGACUGUCCGAUUCCAGAGGGUUAUGAAGCUCAUCGGGUGCGUCCGAGUAUAGAAAGAGCGUUCAAGAAACUAGGCUACUAUGGUCCUGUCUCCAUCACUGCCUAUGGCGACCAAACACGAACCCCUGAUCAUCUCCUGCGAGGGCUCUCUUCCACUGGAGUCUCUAUUGCACAUGCCGUUACCGAAAGCACAUGCGCUCUCAUGUAUUCGGAUAUGGUGGAAUGGCGACUUUAUCAUCCUCCUCCGGCGACAAUGAUGUUCAUAUCCAAUCAGGUGGACCAUGUCUUCUCAUUGGAUCUGGUCCGGCUACAACAAGAGACGCUAUACAACCUCUUUCUGGCUUACUCGGUUAGUUCUAAAGCCAUACCAGCCCUUGAAACUUCUGCAGAGUGGCGCUGGAACAAGUUACUAGAGUCGAAGACGAAGAAGACCAGAGUGGUUAAAAAAUAUGUAGAAGAAGAAGAAGCCAUGUUUUGUUGUAAAUCGUGCGAUAUCGAUUUCCAAAGCUUGAGGAAACUCAGGAAGCAUCUCUCGAGUAGAUAUCAUGCAAUAGAAGCAGUUAUAUCCCCUACUCCUCGAGAAAUUUCCCCUGUAACGACUAAGUGGGGAAGGAACUACCCAGCCAAGCCUGAAUACGCGACAGCUAAAAUACUGGUGUUGUGGGACAUGGUGGACUGUCCCAUUCCCGAGGGUUAUGAAGCUCAUCGGGUCCGUCCAAGUAUAGAAGGAGCGUUCAAGGAACUAGGCUACUCUGGUCCUGUCUCAAUCACCGCCUAUGGCGACCAAUCACAAACCCCUGAUCAUCUCCUGCGAGGGCUCUCUUCCACUGGAGUCGCUGUUGCACAUGCCAUUACCGAAGUCAGAUACAGAAGAAUGAUGUCCGAUUUCAGUGAAUGGCAAGAGCUUAAUCCUCCUCCAGCUACAAUGAUGCUCAUAUCCGAUCAGAUGGAGAAUUUCUUCUCAACUUUUGUUGCCCAGCAUCAACAAGAGAGUAAAUACAACAUGUUCCUGGCUUAUUCAUUUAGGCCUGACAAAUUGUUAGCCCUGGUCACCUCUGCAGAGUGGCUUUGGGAAAGCUUACUGGGAGGUGUUUAUUUGUCCUCCUCUCAUCAUCAACUACGUAGUACUGUUGAAAUCUAAUUACGCUGUUUCUGAGCUAUAUAUAUAGUUUGUUCCACAGUUUCAGAGACAAGAAGACACGUUCUUCAGAGGUGCACUAGUCAAAGGGGUGAACAUGAAUCUACCGGAAUGUUUGAUUGCGAAACGUGCGAGUGUGAUUUCAAGAGCCUUGAUGAUUUCACGAAGCAUCUCUCAACUAAUGAACAUGCAUGGGAAGAGUCUUGUAUUCAUGAGCAUCUUCGAUCACGGGAUCUGCACACUACAUGAUGGGAUUGACUCCUCUAAACUCUCCUCCUCUCUUAAUACGAUCUGAGCCUCAAACCAUUCCUCUACAUCUUCUCUGAUCUUUACCACAGACUCCAAAGGAGUGAAGGAAGCUCCUUCAAAGACUAAAGCAUUCCUGUUUUUCCAUAUUCUCCAAAGAAUCCAUGGAAAACUUCUCCUAAGGGAUUGGGGCCAUAAUGAGUUAUCUUUGUUUUCAAGAAGAUGGUAUAUAUUGGAAUAAACUGAACCCUCCAUAAGAUAAAAACUGAACUAUACAUAUUUUU